AUGAGUCUCACAGACGCCGACUUCGCCAACGGCCGCACCCUCGGGCCCAGCGUGGCAGCCAAGCCAGAGCCCAAGUCUGCUCAGGACUACUUCCCGCGCUCGAGGUGGGAUGAGCUCAUGCAGCCGCGCAAGGAGGCCGCCCAGUCCUCCAUGGCAGACCGAAUCCGGUAUGCUACCCGUUUGGCCAGCGAGCACUGGAGUGCCGAUGUCCGGGAACAGGCGGAAGAUUGUAUCAAUGUGGAUCUCUGCAAACUCGCGGUUCUCGACAAGGUCUUCGAGAUGUGCGAGGAGUAUCGCCAGUUGCAAGAGCAGGAACCGCGCGACUUUGAGGCUUGGCGUGCGAUCAGUGCUGGCUUUGUCGGCAAGGUUGUACAGCUCGCUAUCCAAUGGCCGGACCACUUCAGCCAGCAUCAGUGGGAGGAGAUUCGCCGGUUCGUGCUCAUGGCGAAAGACCAUGGGUAUCGACCCUGGACAGACGCAUGGUGCGACAUGCCCGAGCUGCCCAAGUUUGACCACGCCCUCCUGAAGCGGUAUGAUCCUGCCUCGAGGGAGGUGCCCCUCCGCGUCAAGACGUGGAAGAAACACAUCGACUUCGUGCGGUACAGCGAGCUCGUCGAGACCGAGUCGGAAGAGGAUUGGCUUGGGACAGAGGAGGACUGGAAUGCUGUUCUAGACAGACAAGAGGCUGAGCGCAGAGAGGAGGCGCAAUAUUGGUGGACGCAGGCGGAGGAACGUCGUGCUCGCGACCGGAAGCGAGAGACGUGGCGGGCGAUCGGGUGUUCUGUCAUUCUCAUUCCGAUGCUGUGCUGGUGUCUCUGGGGCCUGUUUCGACCACUUUGGGCGGCGUUUUGGGAAUCGGAGGGGGCGCGUCAGGCCAACCUCUCCGUCCCCGCCGAGGCCCGCCCCUCCCCCGCCGCGCAGAAGGAGAUGCGCGCCUUCGUUUCCUCUAUGGCCAACUUUGGCUUCCGCUCAUGGGUCGACUCGCACGGCACGAUGCCCGACAACGUCCUCCCCCGCGUGGCGACCUUCGACUUCUCCCAGCUUGGGAAGUACGAUCCUGAAUCGCCGCAAACGCUUAAGGAUGCCAGAGAGUUUAAGGGCAACAACCUCGGAGGGUCGAUCAGCGGGCAGCCGAUGUGCUCCGAGAUCGAUGACGGUGAUGAGAGCGACGGCGCGGAGACGACGAACCCCGAAGAUCCUUUGGGCCGCGUUGGUUCAGUCAUCGAGUGGGAGAGGCGCACUGGCCGUGUUCCCUUUCACAGUGUUGUGGCUCUACUGCGUCUGGUCGACCACGAGUAA